AUGGCCCCUUCCUCACCCCCUCUAUCGCACCUCAAUCGCGAUGCCGAAAAACAGACUCCGGGGAUGAUGCACAAUUUCGGCCACAAAGCACCCGAUGCAGAUGAGAAAGCAGCAGAUACCGAGAAAUAUGGAAAGGCAGAGACUCCUUCUCUAUUUGUGCCAUUACCGGAAGAGAGCGAUGAGCCCGACUCGUUGCCCGGCGCCACAGACCUAAAUGCCGAUCCGGACGGAGGCGAGGCGGACCGGGCCAUGAGCCGGAUAACGACACAAUCAAGCAUCGGCCCUGGACCGCCUCCCGAUGGAGGACUGCAGGCGUGGCUGGCAAUCUUCGCAACUCAUCUGGUCAUCAUGAAUACCUGGGGCAUCGUCAAUUCUUACGGCGUCUUCCAGCCUUACUACACAACCACUCUUUCACGCCCGCCAUCCGACAUCGCAUGGAUCGGUUCAUUCGAGGUCUUCCUGUUAUUUUUCAUCGGUGCAUUCGCCGGUCGGCUCACUGAUGCGGGCUACUUCCGCCCCCUGUUCAUAUCUGGUUUCCUCCUUGUGGUCCUAGGCAUGGUCGCCACGUCUUUUUGCACUCAGUACUGGCAGUUUUUCUUGGCGCAGGGCAUCUGCAUGGGCCUUGGAAAUGGUUUUCUUUUCUGCCCGAGCCUAUCUACUGCGUCGACCUACUUCGACAAGAAAAAAGCCCUGGCCCUCGGCUUUGUGUCCAUCGGAAGUUCGACGGGAGGGAUGAUCUAUCCUAGUAUGGUACGGCAGUUGCUUCCCAAGAUCGGUUUCGGGUGGACCAUUAGGGCUAUCGCACUUGUACAGAUGGUGACGUUACUCGUCACCUCCCUGGUUCUCAAGCCCCGGAUCAAGCCGAGAAAAGCUGGAAGCUUGGUUGAGUGGGCUGCUUUCAAGGAGUUGGAAUACACCUUUUACGCCGUGGGUUCAUGGCUGAACUACCUUGGGGUAUUCUUCGCUUCAUAUUACAUAGCGGCGUACUCUCGCGACAUCAUUGGGCUGAGCUACACUUCCUCACUCAACCUCCUUCUAUUGUUGAACGGCACAGGGGUUCCCGGGAGAGUGAUACCGGCCUACUUUGCUUCAUACUACAUCGGCACCAUCAACAUGUUCAUACCCAUGUCCUUCAUUUCCGGCAUCAUGAUGCUAUGCUGGCCUGCUGUGUCAUCUGUCACCGGUCUUUACAUCUGGACCACAUUUUACGGGUUUUUCACGGGGGCCAUACAGAGUCUUAUGCCAUCGGGCAUCGGCACUCUGACAGUAGAUCCGAGGAAGCAAGGUACGAGAAUGGGAAUGACUUUUACCAUCAUCAGCUUCGCGGUCUUGAUCGGCCAACCCAUCGCUGGUGCAAUCAUCUCUGCAAUGGGCGGAAGCUAUGUGGGCGCGCAGGUAUAUGCAGGGGCAUGUAUGCUUGCCGGCAUGUGCUUUCUCGUCGCCGCGCGGAUGGCGAGGGCAAGGAAGUCAGGAAAAUGGUUAUGGAUCAAAGUCUGA